AUGGAUUUCCUCAACGACGCCAUCAACGCUGAAAUCUCAAAGAAACGCAAGACAUUGGAGACAGCCAAGAACGGCAAUGCCAAAAAGAAGUACGUCAGCCGAGCUGAAUUAGAGCGAAUGCGUGAAGAGGAGUAUCUUCGACAAGAAGCUGAACAACAAGCCAAAGAGUUGGAGAAAAAGAGGAAACGACAGGAAGAAGAAGAGGCCAAGAGACGUGAGCAGGAAAAGGCCCAAGCAAAGAACACUGGCGAACAAAACAAGACGGAUGGAGAGGUCGAAGUGGAGACAUUCAAUAUCACCCGUGAGGAAGUUAUUCGACGAUUGCGAGCCAAGGGUCAACCUAUUCGUCUUUUCGGUGAAACGGAUAAGCAGUGCAAGAUUCGUUUACGUGCACUUGAAUUGAUGGAAGAGCAAUCAGAAGAGCAAGGUCAACGUAACGACUAUAUGCGUAAAUUGGAAGAAAUGGAGGAAGGCAUGCGUUUGGAAGCUUUGAAACAAAAGGCGGGUGUACGAGAUGAGAAGAAAAUCAACAAGAAGCUCAAAAAGGCAGAGUUGAUCGUGGAGCCUAUUGAUCUCAACUUAUUGCAAAGUGAUUUGGAUCGACUAUUUGCACAAAUCUAUUCCUAUCUGGUGCACACAAUGGAUGAAUGGGAAGAGUUUAUGGAUGCACGGCCCGAGGAAGAAAAACAAAGCGGGCAAGGAAAGCGAGCAGCCGUACUGCAAAAGCAAACCGCCGAUUAUAUGAAGCCAUUGUUACGACAACUCAAGAAGCGGACAUUGGAACCAGACAUCUUGGCACGCGUAGCUGAGAUCACUCACCAUAUGCAACAUCGUCGAUACCGUGAUGCUCAGGAUUCUUACCUUCAAUUGUCUAUCGGUAAUGCACCAUGGCCCAUUGGUGUCACCAUGGUUGGUAUUCACGAGCGUUCUGCACGUGAAAAGAUUUUCGCAUCCCAAGUUGCCCACGUGUUAAACGACGAGACCUCACGUAAAUGGAUUCAAUCCGUCAAGCGUUUAAUGACUUUUGCACAAUCGAAAUAUCCCCCUGAUACUUUGAGCCAAAUGUCUUAA